AUGGCGCUGCUCAUAGCAAUCGGGCAGGGUCCCCUGUGGUCCCUGUCCCUGCCCUCACCCUCCAGGGGCAGAGCAUCCUCACUGCAGCGUCAGCUUUCCUACAUCCUUAAUCUGACCCUGUCCAAGGUUCUCCCUGGUGUCCCCACCUGCUUUGCUGCCUUUCAAAGCUCCUGCCAGACUGCCUGCCUCUCGGCAUGCCCACCCGCACCACCACCUCACAGCCGCGACUGGGCGCCCGUCCACCCUUUGCUAACGCCCACCCUCACCCUCCCUUGUCCCCCAGGCCCACUCCACAAAGUGAGCAGAAAAACCCCACGUCGCCUCAGGCACUCUCGAGAACAGCCCUUCCGAAUCCGAGCCCGCCCCCUGCACCGCCCACCGCGCUCGGCUGCACCCGCGCGGUUCCUAGGAAGCCCUAGCCCCUCCCACCCGCCGGCCUCACGCUGGCUCUCCGCCUCCCCGGAGCCUCGGCGUCGGCCUGGCCGCCGGGCGCGCGCCCGCGCCUUGUCCCCAGGCGCCCAGCCAUCUGAUUUGCUGCUCAGCACCCCAGUCUCUGAGCGACUCCCCCUCAUCUGGGACCGGCGGCCCCUCUGCGCCUGGCGCGUGCUUCAUCCCCGGACGUCUGUCCCGAAGGAAAGAACUUGCACAAAGCCCUGUGGCCCCGCGAGCCGAGAGGCCCCCUCCUGCACCCCCGGGCCCGCCACACACCCCACACCCGCGCUCCGCCUUCCCGGAGGGGCGUUAGUACCCCCUUCCUCCGGGUGGGGUGAGCCAGGCAGGGCGCGCACAUUUGGGGGGCGCGGGGACGGGCAGGUCGGGGGCGCGCACGGAAGGGCGGGGUGCGCGGACGGCUGUAGCACCGCCCGGACACAGGUGCGCAGCGGCUCCAGCAGGUUUCUCCGUCCGCCCCCGGCGCUCUGGGAGGCCUCGGGGCUGGGCUCGGACUUUGGGGCGGAGGCGGGGUCCCUCAGCGCCUCGGCGCUCCUCUUCCCUCUCCUGGCCGAGGGCCAAGUCGGGCGGAGCGGGAAGAGCGGCCCUCGCCCCCGCAAGGCCGGAGGGGCCGGAACGAGGGUGAGCUGAGGCUUCCGGGCGACGCGGGCAACGGGCUCGGCUCCGAGGCGCUUCCUGCGGAACCGCACCCGCCACGGCCCAGAGGCUCCCCGGGGCAAAAGGCGCCUCGGCCCCCCAAGCUCCAGGCCCGGUUCUGGCUCCCGGGAGCCGGCGACCUCCACUCACCUCCGCAGGUAGGAGCCGCGAUCGGCACUCACCUGCUGACAAGACCCGGGGCUUGCGCGGCCGCGAGGGUGGAGCGGCUCACCUGGGCCAGGUGCGCAGCGGCGACAGCCCCAGCGACGGUAGCAGGUGCAGCCCCGCCCAGCAGCCGGGGCGAGGGCGGACCCAACUGUCCUGCUUCGAGCCUCAGGCUGGUGUUCAAGACGGUCCUGCGCUCGGCCCCCUGGAGCCGCGGCCGCCGCGCCUGGGGGCAGAGGCCAAACCGGCCCGACCAGCCCCGAGAGUCUCGGUGCCCCAGGAACUCCUCGGAAAUUCCACCGUCCCCAGGAGCACCUGCUGCGGUUCUGCUCCUCCUCCCAAGCUCUUUGUCUUCCUCUAGGAAGCCUGCCUUGACUCCCGCUCCUAAACCCGAGGUGCAGGGAGGGUAAGACCUCUGUGACCUCUGUAAGGCACCCCUCACUUGGAAGCCCACGGAAAACCAGAGCGGGGCGGAGGCUACCACAUUCCGGGCCUCUCUCCGUCACGGCCUCAGUUUCCCAGCUAGCCCUGAGGGCAGACGUAAUCGGCCAGAAGCCCAGAAAUUAACACAAAGCAGUUUUAUUUUAUUAGAGAAAACUCUGCUGGUUGAGGGGAGCCAGUGGGGUGGGGCAGGAUCUGGGGCCCAGGAAACUGGGCCAGUUUUCCUGUCGAGACGGCGUGAGAAGACAGGACAGGCCUGCACUGUUCCCCCCCCCAACCCCGCCCCGGUUCUCUGGGUGACAGGGGUCACUCAGAGUUCAAGUCAGGCAGUACCAAGCCUGAGCCCUCACAGGUGGAACAGGCCUCCCAGACCAUGGACAGGUGUGCAGCUCACAGACACCCCAAACAUACAGGGGCUCCCAGGACCCCCACAUAUACGCGGGUCUAAUUAAAGCCCGCCCACACACACACACAGCCAGGGCUGGGGUGGGCGGUGGUGGCAGCAGCUCUGCAACUUGGCCUCUUGACCGGCUCCGGGCCUGCUCCAUGUCUGUGCUCUCGGCCGGAGUCUCUGGUACUUCGGGACUCGGGGCCAGGCCCCGGCAGCCCCGCCUCCCCAAGUCUCUGGUGCUUCCUCUUCAGGACUUCAUUCUUCACCCACCGAGGCACAUCAGGCACAAACCAGCCAGCAAUGAGCUUGACGCAUGAGGCCACGUGCUGGGAGGGCCAGAGUGGGGAGGUCAAGGUGCGCUGAGCAGGGACUUUAGGGGGCAGGGGCCCAGGGAGGGCUGCAGAGAGCUGCCCCGCCCUGGGGCCUGUCCCCAGUGUUGGCUCACCUCGAAGAGGAUGAGGAAGGUCAGACGGACGGCCAGGAGGAACCAGGGCUGCUCAGUGAAGUUGGAGUUCUGAGCGGUGCCACAGUCCCAGUCCCUGGGGUGGGGAGCACCUGAGGUCAGGAGUCAGGAGUUCAGAGGGUGCUCACAGGGGAUGGGGGUCCAAACCUGCACUCAGUCACAUUCUCUGAGCCCUCUAUUUCAACAGGAUUCUGGGAGUCCUUGGUGUAGAACACGGACAGGCUGUGGUUGACGUAGCCCGUGAGGCAGCUGGGGGGAGGGGGAGAGGAGUUUGGUGUGGUCCCUUCAGGCUUCUGGGGUGCUGGCUUGUAACCGACCCCUGCCUGGUGGGGGCCAUCAGGGUGGGCCACAGUGCAGACCCCCCUCCUUCGUCUCUGUACAUGGGAGAGGAGCCCCUGGGGGAGGCUGAAGGCCACCACCUGCCUUCCUUGCCAGGGGCCGAGGCUUCCUUGCCAGCCUUCCUGGGGGAGACCUACCCCUGGAGACCUGCCCCCCUGCAGGGCUGGAGGAACUGGAUGAGGACAGCAUGCAGACCACUAAGGGUCUGCCUUUGGAAGGGGAGCCAUUCCAGUAUCACUUGCUCAGAAAACAGCUGGUUCUGGGACGUUAAUCCCCUACUGGGGUCCCAGUCAGCACUCCCGGGGUCCACUCAGGGUCUGCAGGUUGCUGUGGGAGGGCAGCCCACCCCAGGCAAUACUGUUAGCAUUGAGCCCUUCCCUGGGGUCCCCUGGGGCUGGGCCAUGGUUGGGCCAGUUUCCCAGGGGUCUCUGGACAGGGUCUGUGUGGCGGUGUCCCCUUACUCGACUGCAGGGUGGGCCCCCUGUCGGCACGGGCCAUAGCAGUACUUGUACACCACUCGGGGGAUGAACUCAGAUGUGAAGGCGAUGACCAUCCCGUCGGCAGUGACGGCCAGCACGCCGAUUAUCGCCAGCACCUGCAGCCAGGUCCCUGGGCCAUGGCAGGGGGUGAGGCCUGCACUGUCUCCCCGCCCCCUGCCCCCCCACCUCUGGUGAUCCCCUGAAGCUGGGAGCCUGGAUGGUCAAGGGCCUCAUCGUGUCUCUGCUUGUGGCAGCCGCAGGGCCAGGUCCCUGAUGAGGAAGACCUGGGCCAGGGCCAACAGAGAGCAGCCUCCACUCUCCUGCACCCCUCUUCUUGACGUGGACAGGGAGGGGCUCAGGUCUCCGCCCCCCAUCUUAUGCCUGAAACUUUCGGCUGCCCCCAGGCCUGCUCCACCUCCUGGGUCCCCUCCCCAGGGCAGACCCCCUUAACCUGGUCCCAAGUCUCCCUCACACUUCUCUCUCCCACUGCCUAUGUCCAACGCCACAACUCCUGGCUUCAUCCCUGACACCUGUCCACCUCAGCGAGGCCAGUCAAGGUGACUAAGGCCACCUGCUCUCAGUCCCUGUGCCCAGCUGCUGGACCCCUCUCCCUCAGCUCCCUGAGAGUCAAGCCGUUCUGCACGGCCUCCGCAGGGCGGCAGCUGGCCCUUCAAUGGGACCCCUGGGGGGGAAAGGCCUGCGAGGUGCCUGCCAGCCCCGCCUCUUCCUGGGGCCUGAGCCCUGCCCCCAUGGCUCAGAGCGGUGGUUUCAAGGGGACUGGCGUGGCCCCAGCGCGCCUCGCGGCUCAUGCCCCCAUGGCUGGAGCGCCCGCCCUCAGGCCGCCCCGUCGGGCCCCUGACUGAUGUCCUUGGCCUUGCGGGGCACCAGGCGCCGCUGCACCUGGACCAUCUUGAUGGCGUCCAGGCAGAUCUCCACGAGGUUGCUGAAGAGCGCCAGCAGCAGGGCAAGCGGGAAGGCGGCCACGAAGAUGGUGGUGAAGCCCUACUGGAUCCCUGGGGGUGGGGGUCGUCACCGUGGGCCCCUGCGCGGUGCCCGCCCCUCCGCCCAGCAGCCCCGCCCUGCGUACUCAUCUCCAUGAACUCCUCGAACAGGCUGAAGGUGUUGACCGGGUUCAGGCGGUAGUUGCGCCGCCAGUGCCUCAGCUCGGGGUCCUGGGACGUGGCUCGCAUCGAGCGACACUUGUGGGCCAGGCAUCUGCGAGCGAGGAGGACCGGGUGGGGGACGGGGAGGGGGGCUGAGGACCCCUCGGGACUGCUGGCUCUGGGAGGUGGGGUCCUGUGGGUUCAGGGGCUCCCUGUGGUGAGAGUGGCGCCCCGGGAGGGAGGGUGGUCCUCACGGGCCCAGGUACUCCAUGCAGUUGCUGAGCGUUUGUUUCAGACCCAUGAUGAUGGCCACCUGCACGAACAGGUCCGUCAUGCAGCCGCUGAGAUGGCACUGCGGGGGCGAGGGUGAGAGGUGCAACAAAACCACUGAGAAAUGUAGCAGGAGGACAUAUCUGUCGCAGAUAGCGGCAAAAACUAUAAAACAGAGUGAAAUUCACAGGAAAUAUGGGGGACCCAUAAGAAGAAAACUAUAACACAGCUAAAGAACAUUAAAACAAGACUUGAAUAGAGGAAACUUGUUCUUCGAUAGAAAAACUUACGCUUGUAUUUUUGUGACAGGUGGAAUGUCAGGCCCCCAAAGAUACCACAUCCUAAUUCCUGGAACCUGUGAAUAAUGUUAUCUGACAUGGCAGGUGGUAUUAAGGUUGCUAAUCAGCUGACCUUAAAAUGGAGAGAGAAUCCUGGAUUAUCUGGGUGUGCCCACUGUAAUCACCAGAGUCCUUAAAUGAGUAAGAGGGAGAGCCAGAGAGAUGGCAGGAUGAGAAGGACCCAGCCUGACACCACUGGCUUUGCAGACACAGGACGGAGCGGGCCAGGCAGCCUCUAGAAGCUGAAAAAAACAAGAGUGUGGGCUCUCCCUGAGGGCCUGCAGACAGAACACAGCCCUGCUGACACCCUGAUUUUAGCCCAGUGAGACCCAUUUUGGACUCUUGGCCUCGAGAACUGUAUGUAAUGUGUGUUGUUUAAAGCCACUAAGUGUGGUCAGCAACCGAAAAUUAAUACAGUAUCUAUGUCAAUUCUCCCUAAAAGAAUGUAUAAUUUCACUGCAGUCUUAAGCUAAAUCCCACAGAAUUUUGAUGGAGUUUGACAAACAUUAAAGUUCACCUAGAAGAAUAAACACGUAAAUAACUACAGAAAAGGAAAAGUGAAAAAGAAGAGAAAAAGAAAAUUAACGCCAGACCUAUCUGACAGGAAAGCAUUACAGUAGUAAUGACACAGAAAUGUACUAGACCAGAGUCAUCAGAAUCCACGGAGCGCCAAAACAGUCAAGUGCAUGAUGGAACUAGACCAGAGUCAUCAGAAUCCACGGAGCGCCAAAACAGUCAAGUGCAUGAUGGAACUAGACCAGAGUCAUCAGAAUCCACGGAGCACCAAAACAGUCAAGUGCAUGAUGGAACUUACUGUGUGACAGAAGGGUGGUGGUGGCGAUGGAACAGUCAACAAAUGGUUUGGGGACAACUGGCUGUCACUUGGAAAACAACAAAACAGGCUUCCCUCCUUUGCCGCCUGCAGCAAAACAAAUUCCUUGUGAAUCAAAGAUUUAAAUGUUUAAGAUGUUGAAACCAUAAGCAUCUAAGGGAAAUCACAGCUGAACGUUUUUUUUGGUUUUUUUUGUCUUGCUCCGGACGCAAGGCUCAGCGGCCAUGGCUCACGGGCCCAGCCGCUCCGCGGCAUGUGGGAUCCUCCCGGACCGGGGCACGAACUCGCGUCCCCUGCAUUGGCAGGCGGACUCUGAACCACUGCACCACCAGGGAAGCCCCUGAACAUGUUUUUAAUGUUGAGGAGGGGAGGCCUUUUUGAGCACGGCAUGAAAAACAGGAACUAUAAACAGACACACUGAUAACCUUCGUGACGAAACAGGAACCGCCUCCAGAGAAACACGAGUGGCUGCACAGGCUCCUGCCCUCUCCUCCCAGGGAUGCCACAUGCAGGGCCAGUACACGAAAGGCGCCAGACUCAGGCUUCCAUCUGCCCCACCGCCUGCUGACUGUGCGACUUAACCUUUCUGUGCCUCGGUCUACUCAUCUGUGAAAUGGGGUUUAGAGAGUCCCUACCCCAUAGGGCUGUUGUGCAGAUUAGAGCUGAUGAAUGUGAGGCCCUUAGGAUAGAACGGGUGAGUGUCAGCAGACGUGAGUUAUUAUAAAGACAUAUCCCAUCCUGCCAGGGAAAACCUACUCAGUCCUUCGUUCUUCAGUAUGAAUGGACAGCUACAAAUCUUCAGGCACGAGGAAAACCAGCUGUACAAAAGAGAAGGACUACAAUAAAGGAACAGGAAGAUGGACCCUUUAGGAAAUGAGAUAAUGAGGAAACAGAUGAGAACUUAAGGGGAAAAAAGAACAUUGAUAUCCUCAAGAAAGUACUGUAUCUGUGGAAACAAGAAAAGGACACUUUAAAAAAAUAAAAGGAUAAAAAAAUAAAAACCCUCCUGGAAAUUAAGACUUUAACUGUUAAACUUAAAAAAAGAAAACAGGGACUUCCCUAGUGGUCCAGUGGCUAAGACUCCACAUUCCCAAUGCAGGGGGCCUGGGUUCAAUCCCUGGUCAGGGAACUAGAUCCCACAUGCCGCAACUAAGAGUUCGCAUGCUGCAACUAAAGAUCCCACAUGCCACAACUAAAACCCAGUGUAGCCAAAUAAAUAAAUAAACAAACAUUAAAAAAAAAAAAGGCAAAAAGACAAA